GAAAGGAGCAGACCCACACAAACACAGACCCGGAAGCAUAACGCCAACCGUAAACACAGCUGUGAGGCUGUGUUUUGCAUUCUGAAAGAUGGUGUACGUGUCCAAUGGCCAGGUCCUGGACAGCAGGUCUCAGUCCCCCUGGAGCUUGUCGUUCCUGACUGAUAUGUUCUGGGGGGCUGUGGAGUUCGUCAGCCUCUUUUUUAGGACAAUACUUCACCCUGACAUGUCAAGGAAUGGAAAUGUGGCCUCAUCACGCUUCAGUGAUGGCAGAGGACCUCCAGGUCCUCCUGGUGGCAGAAGGCGGAUGGGUCGAAUAACUCAUGGAGCGGGUCCCAACCCUCCACCAAUGGGUGGAGGAGGAUGAGGAAGGUAAACGCCUGCACAUACAGUGCGGGCGUGGGGCCGAGGCACAGUGUCUGUCCUGACAGCACACAGACGGUAACGGCGCCGUGCUGAAGCCCUUCUUCAUCAGCUGCCACUGCUGCUUGCAGUUUUUUGACGUCUUUCCGGGAAUACCUACACAUAGGAGCCGGAUUGGCCGAUUCAGCAGCGUCCCUCCUCCCCGUUUCUGUUUUCCCUCUGCUUCUGUCCUUCCAGGUCACAUCACUGUCUGACUCAUUUAGGAUCUCGUCAUCCCCUGGAAUCGUCAUCAUUUUUCUUUUCUUUUUUACUUUGUGUUUAAAUAAAUAAUCUAUACUGAAACCAACA